CCAAAUUCUUCCACGUGCAUUUAUCAAUUUUUGUUUUCAAAACUCAACUUUGUUUGUGUUUUGUGAUCAGAUAUCAAUUUCAAAAUCAAUGACAAGAUAUUCACGAAAAAAGGGCAAUUGUGCCCCAAAUCGAAGAAUCGGUAAACGAUGUUUAAAAACUAAACGUUAUAAAAAAGAUACUGAUCAAAUUAUUGAAGAAAUUCAACGAAAUAUUGUUAAACCCGAACAAAAACGACCAUUUGAAAUGGUUGAUGAUUUACCGGCACAAGGACAAUUUUUUUGUACAGAAUGCGAGUAAGUUUUUAAUUUUUUAAUCAUCAAUUUUUUUCAAGAAUUUCAAGAUCUAUUAGCUAAUCCUAUUGAUAAAUUUUUGGCUAUUAGUAAUGAAAUUGGUGGUUUAGUAAAAGAACAAUGUUUAUUAGUUCGUAAAGCAUUGGAUGCUCAAUUGAAUUUUUUACAAUUAGCAUCACAAUCACAAAAACCUAAUGAUUCUAAAUUGAUGGAAUUACUUCGACCAACAUCCGAUCUUAUUACACAGAUUAUUUCAAUUCGAGAUAAAAAUCGUAAAGAUGAACAUUUUAAUCUUUUAUCAUCUGUAGCCGAAGGAAUUGCUGCUUUAGGUUGGGUAUCAGUAAUGCCAACACCGGCACCAUAUAUCAAAGAAAUGUCCGAUUCGGCACAAUUCUAUACUAACAAAGUUUUGAUUGCUUACAAAGAUAAAAAUGCUCAAAUAGUACAAUGGGCUAAAUUAUGGAUUGAAUUUCUUGGACAAUUACAACAAUAUGUUCGACGUAAUCAUACUACCGGUUUAGUUUGGAAUGCGAAAGGUAAUUCAUUGAAUAAUGGAACAAGUGUUGGAUUGCCACCACCACCACCCCCACCUCCUUCGGCUGAUUUUUUCAACGAUAAUGUUAAUGAUAAUUCGUCGAAACAAAAUGCAGCAAAUGAUCAACAUGCAGCAUUGUUUGCAUCGAUCAACAAAGGUACUGAAAUUACUAGAGGUCUUCGAAAAGUUACGGCUGAUCAACAGACACAUAAAAAUAGCUCAUUACGACAAUCAUCAAUGGUUCCGGAUCGAAAUCGAAUCGAUUCAACAGGUCGAUCAAUCGGUCAAAAAGAUCCACCAAAAUCUAAUCCAAAAUUAUCGUUAGAAGGUAAAAAAUGGAUAGUUGAAAAUUAUUCUGGUCGUCGUGAUUUAAUUAUCGAUGAUACAAAUAUGACACAAUCGAUCAACAUUUAUAAUUGCAAUGAAUGUGUUUUGACUGUCAAAGGAAAAGUUAAUCUUAUAUCUGUGAAUCAAUGUCGAAAAUUUUCCAUAAUUUUUGAUAAUGUAUUGUCCGUACUGGAAUUUAUAAAUUGUCAACGAGUUCAAGCUCAGGUGAAUGGAUUGGUACCUACCAUUACAGUCGAUAAAACUGAUGGUAUUGAAAUAUAUCUAUCAAACGAAUCGCUUCAAUGUGAAAUUGUUUCAUCAAAAAGUUCAGAAAUUAAUGUUUCAGUUUUGAAUGCAUCUGGCGAUUAUGUGGAACAUCCAUUGCCUGAACAAUAUAAAUCAGUAUGGACGGGUAAUGGCUUCAAAACGAUUGCAUUGGAUGGAUGAAAAUCGUUUUUUUCUCUGCUCAUCAAAUCAAUAAAGGGACCAAUUUAUAUGGAAAAGUAUUUAUCAGAAGAAAUUAUUACACUAUAUUUUAUAUAAUUUUCGG